AUGGAGGUGAGAGUGGAGAGCUCAAGGCUCAUCAAACCAAUCGACUGUCAUCCACCUCCUUCGACUGAUCGUGUUCAUAUCGUUCCCCUGAACGUCUUCGACAAGGUGACCAUGAACCUCCACGUCGCCGUCAUCUUCCUCUUCCGCCCGCCUCCUGCGCUGCCCUCCAACGCCGACUUCGAACGCGGCCUCGCGGAGGCCUUGUCUUCUUACAGGGAGUUCGCCGGGAGGCUCGUCGCGGACGGUGACGGCAACCCCGUCAUCGUCCUCAACGACGCCGGCGCUCUCUUCGUCGAGGCGACGGCAGACUUGCCGCUCCCGCUCGAACCGUCCCCUGCUUUGCGGCGCUUCCUUCCGAGCACGGACGGCGGUGACGCUGGAGAUGCUGUGGCGCAAGUCCAACUGACACGGUUCGCAUGCGGCUCCUUGGCCGUCGGAUUCUCGUGGCACCACCGCGUCGCCGACGGGCACGGCGCCGGUAAUUUUUUAGUGGCGUGGGGGUUCGCUUGCAGGGGGAUUCCGUUCCCGCCGCCGUUCCGCGACCGGUCCGCCGUCGCGGUUCGGCGAGAGCCGCUGGAAAUUCGGUUCGAUCACCGAAACACGGAAUACUACUUCAACGCCGACGACGACGGUUACAAUUCCCCUGUCGACGACGAUGUCGCGAUGGUCAAGGUUCACUUCACACCGGAAUUCGUCGCCUAUCUCAGAACAGAGUCCGAGGCGCCCACCAAAUUCGAGGCCGUGGUGGCGCAGCUGUGGCGGGCGGCGACGAGGGCGCGCGAACUCAGUGAGCGCGAGAUCACCCACUUAGUGAUCUCGGUCGAUGGCCGCAGGCGGAUGAACCCUCCGCUCUCCAGCGAGUACUUCGGCAACCUGGUCCUCUGGGCCGUGCCCCGCUCCGCCGCCGGCGAUCUCGUCCACCAGCCGCUGCGCCACGCGGCAUCAAUAAUCCGAGAAGAGAUCGCCAAGCUCGAUGCCGGGUACUUCCAGUCCUUCGUGGACUUCGCGAACUCAGGGGCAGUGGAGGCGGAGAAGUUGGUACCGGCGGCGGAGAGGGAAGGAAGCGCAUUAUGGCCGGGAUUGGACGUGGCGAGCUGGCUGAGGCUGCCAUUCUCCGAGGUGGACUUCGGCGGAGGGCGCCCGUUCCAGGUGACGCCGGCUUACGUUCCGGUGGAGGGGCUGGUGGCGAUUUUGCCCGGGGAAGACGGCGGCGUCGAUGCUUACGUCAACAUGUUUGACCGAUACGCCGAAAAUUUCCGUCGGUUUUGCCGCCGCUCGGACUGAGCGAAAAACCAAAAACGACGUGUCCAGUGCAUGCAUCGAGAUGAAGAAACGUGUCGAUCUCAGUUGAUAAUAAAACCAUCUGG